AUGGCGGUGAUAGCGAAUUCCAACAAAGUCGUUUCAUUUAUCAUCUACCAUCCACAUAACAAAUUCAAAGUCGUCGUAGAUCUAUCUUUCACAGGAUUACUAAUUUGUGACGAUGCCCUGAAACUGUUCCAUGAAAUUACACACCGACAACCUCUGCCACCGGUUGCUAGAUUCAAUGAGUUGUUGCAAGCUGUUACCAAAAAGAAACACUAUUCUUUUUCGGUUGAGAUUUUUCAACGAAUGAAGGGCGUAGGUGCUCCUAUUGAUGCGCUCACUAUUAGCAUUGUGAUAAAGUGUUUAUGCCAAAUGCACCACACCAAGGAAGGAUUUGCAGUCCUCGGAUAUGGCUACAAAUGUGCUGUUGUACCUGAUGUAUUUACGUUCAGAGCACUAUUACAUGGACUCAUCCUUGAAGAUAAAGUCCUCGAGGCAGAGGCAUUCUUCAAAAAGCUGAUCAAAGACAAAGUUUGCCAACCUAAUGGAGUCAUGUACACCAAUAUGAUUAAAGGGAAAUUCCUGACAUAUACUGUGAUGAUUAAUGGUUUUUGUAUCCAAGGGGUUGGGCUUCUAGAAGAAGCAAAUCAAUUGUUUGUUGAAAUGAAAGAGAAAGGCUUCUUGCCUAAGACCCAGUCCUACAACCUUCUUAUACAAGGAUUUCUGAAGAAUGAGCAACGUGAUAUUGCAGAGACGCUUAUCCAGGAAAUGAAAGAAAGAGGUUUUAAACUUGAAGAAGAUACUAAAUCACUGCUUCAUGCACAAGAUGGUUAUUGGUUUAGGUUGUUGGAUCAAUUUAAGCCUGGAACAAAGGACUGGUUGCCUGGACGACAUGAGAGUCACUGCUUCUAA